GUUUGAAAGGAGCUAUACAUGUGGUAUGCACUAACUAUCACUGGAAUAUUACGGUAGAAAUGAACAAAAUACGACACAUCUACCCAACAGCAAGGGCAUCUAAUAUAUACCUUGGGGAUAAUAAAUGUAAAGGUGUGCAAAAUGGUGACCUUCUGGUAUUUCAACAUGACAUUUCCGAAUGCUUAACUAGUGAACUACUUGUCGACGGAAUUGAAGUGUACAACAACGACCUAAUUUAUGCGGAACACGAUCCUGUACACCUGUUUACAGUGUUGCACUAUAACUGGACAGUUGGAGUAGAAUGUGACAUAGGACAAAACGGAACUGCUAUAGGUGGAUUUCCUAGUAAUGCGACCAGCGCAAUAGCUCAUAAUGUCAGUAGUCCUCAAUACCCCGUCAGCGUGUCCUUUUACAAAGAUCAGGAUUUCAUCCACGAAACUGGUAAAGGGAAUCCUUUGCAUGCUGAGAUAGGCUCGCACGUCUACGCCAAGGUGUUUACAACAGCCACUGACUGGAACAUUAGGAUGCGAGUACACACGUGUUACACAAAACCGACUGACCAUGCGCAUGACCAUAUGAAGUAUUUUCUGAUAAAGGAUGGGUAUAUACAUUGAUUCAACUGAUAUCAUAUCUAGAGAUA